CACAUUUCUCUCCAUGUAAGCCGCGUAAGUGCUACGUUCUGGUGGGUGUCCAUCAAUCUAUUAAAGGGGGAUGAUCUAGUAGAUUCGCAGUGUUAGGUACUUUCUCAAUAACUUCAACAUACAAGUGAGCUGCUUGUUGUCGUUUGUCGUUAAUUCACUCAUAAUCCAGUUGAACUGGCGGCAGAAAGCAACCAAGGCAUCCUACUAUCAUUAUAACGACUGGCAGAUCAAGCGAGUGCCAAGGUCAACAAAACAUACUAGUAAUUUGCCAUAAACCGGCCAUAUUUACUCUCGUUGAUACUCGUUCAAUUUUGUUCCACUUCUAUGUCUUUGUCUUUCCGUCUCUCGAGUCAAGUUUGACGACCCCCUUGGGUUUAGAUACAAUGCCUUCCAGGUUGGCAUCAUGGGCGCUGGCCGCCUUCACAGCAUUACAACUCAUGUCCACGACAGCUGCGCAGGCCAGCAGCUCAUCUAUCACAUCAACAUCUACAGGCACAAGCACAGCUGCAGCCCCGACAUUAACAUCUCCAGUAGACCCAUCACAAAAGCAGUCUGUGUUUGUCUCACCCGACCAGGAGCUUGCUUUUGGUAUCACCAUCCCAGACGACCCAGCUUCUGAAGACAUCUACUUCACCUUGGCAGGUCAACCAGCCCUCGGCUGGACUGCAGUCGGCCUAGGCGCCGACAGCAUGGCGGGUAACGCCUUGGUUCUGAUGGUUUACGCCUCGUCCUCCAACAAGAACGUCACGUUCUCGCCCCGCCUGACGUCCCACGGCCGCUCGGAGCCGGCCCCUUACCCUGAUCUUCGUUUCGAGAUCCUCCCGGGCACGGGCUACUACAACGGCACACUCAUGUUCCGGGCCCGGUGCUUCAACUGCCGCCGCUGGCCGGGCGGGUCCAUCGACGUCAACUCGGCAGCGCAGCGGUGCAUCUGGGCCGCGGGGCCGAGCUACGAGGUCAAAAGCGACGACGUGGCCGCUCCUCUCAAGUUUCACCGCAGCUACGGCUCCUUCUCCGUCAACCUCAAGGCUGCGCAAGGUCCCGGCCAGGCGCCGACGCUCAACUUCCAGACGGCCAAGAAGAGCGAGGGCGCUGCCCUGACCGGCGAGCCUAGGAGUGGGAAGCGCGACUGGUCUGCGCUGUUUCAUGGCAUCAUCAUGAUCUUUUGCUUCGUCGGCCUGCUUCCGUUUGGUCUGAUCGUGCUGCGGGUUGGCAACUGGCCUAGGUGGCAUGCCGUCAAUCAGAGUAUCGCCUUGGCUGGCAUCAUAACGGGCUUCGGACUUGGAGUGCACAUUAGCUUCAAGUACAACCGGUCGCGCAACUUCAAUAAUCCUCAUCAGGUGAUUGGAAUUCUCAUCUUUAUCUUUAUGUUUGCUCAGUUCGUUCUCGGGUAUCUACACCACAGAAUGUACAAGCAGAACGAAGGCAAAGGUUCUCCAUUGGCACCCUUUCACAUCUGGCUUGGCAGGACGGUGAUGAUAAUGGGAGUGAUAAACGGAUUCUUGGGCUUUCCUUUCGCACUUUCCCACAGAUACAACUACAUUCUCCUCGGUCUGGUCCUUGCCAUCGCGCCGCUGGUCAUCUUCCUGCUCCUCUACAAGCCCCUGAUCCGCCCGAGGCUGUGGGGCCGCAAGGAGGAGCAACCGACCGAGGAGGCCCUGCCGCCGUAUACGGCAGAGCCAUGGAGGCAGCAGGCUCCCGCGACGGGACACACCGCCACUGUAGCGACGGCCCAAGCACCCGAGACCCGCGGCAUUGGUCUCUCGGACAUGGGUGCCUGGGCCAGCAGAGGAGCCAGGGACAGGACUGUCCAACCGGCCGGCGGCAACUGGGGGCAGCCGCAGAAUCCCAGGGAGAUGAUUUGAAGGUCGAGACUGGGCGGUGUUUUUUCUAGAAAGGCGGAGAAACUUGGAUUGAUCCCUGUAAAAUAAAUAUUCGAGAAGGGCAUUGGAUCGGCAGAGGCUCAAAAAAAAAACGCUCUGUUAAAAG